AUGUUCGAGCAGUUCAAAAGUUCAAUGAAGCGAGAAUUCGAUAUGUCCGAUCUUGGAAGGAUGAAGUAUUUUCUCGGAGUGGAGGUAGUGCAAAGCUCGGCUGGAAUUUUCAUAAGCCAAAAGAAGUAUGCCAAUGACGUGUUAGAAAGGUUCGGAAUGGAAUGGUGUAAUCCUGUGAAAAAUCCUAUUGUACCAGGAUGCAGACUUGUGAAGGAUGAAGGAGGUAUAAGGGUUGAUGCCACCGCCUACAAGCAAAUGGUGGGCAGUCUUAUGUACUUGAAUGCCACUGCCUACAAGCAAAUGGUGGGCAGUCUUAUGUACUUAACUGCCACAAGACUGGAUCUCAUGUAUGUGGUGAGUUUGAUUAGUCGAUUUAUGGAGGCUCCCACUGAGUUACAUCAACAAGCAGUGAAGAGGAUCUUUCGGUACUUGAAGGGAACAGCUGAGAUGGGAAUAUUUUACAAGAGAGGAGGAGAGGAGAGCUUGGUUACUUUCUCAGACAGUGAUUAUGUAGGAGACCUUGGGGAUCGUAAGAGCACUUCAGGGUACAUGUUUAAGCUGAGUUCUGGCGCUGUGGCAUGGAGUUCCAAGAAACAACCAGUAGUAACACUCUCUACAACUGAGGCAGAAUUUAUAGCAGCUACUUCCUGCGCAUGCCAAAGUGUAUGGAUGCAAAGAAUUCUCGGAAAGCUCGGCCUCAACCAAAAUCAGUUGGCUGACAUUAUGACAAAACCCUUGAAGUUAGAAGCGUUCUUGAAGAUGAGAGAGCAGCUUGGAGUGUGCGAUGUUCAAAAGGGUGUAGAUUAG